GUUGUGAAGGUUUUUGUUCUCUUUCUUUCAGGCUAUUUCCUUGUUGUAUAAACUGCUGUACAACCAAAUUCACCAACAAGAUGCCAGAACGAAGAGGGAAAGAUGAUGGAUCUCUACAUCCCGAGGAAAUGUUCGGCAACAAAUAGGCUUAUCACUGCAAAGGACCAUGCAUCAGUCCAAAUUAACAUAGGGCAUUUGGAUGAGAAUGGGGUUUACACUGGGCAGUUUACCACUUUUGCACUCAGCGGCUUCAUCCGUGCUCAGGGAGAUGCUGACAGCGCUCUGGAUAGACUCUGGCAGAAGAAGAAGGCUGAAGUCAGGCAGCAAUAGACGUCAACAUUCAGUCAUGGUGGUUUAGCGAUCUUUCCUUUACCAUGGAAAGGAUUUGGUUUUACUUGGUGCUUUUUUAGUUAGGCUACUAGCAUAUGGUUUGCUCUAAAUUUCGUUUUGUGACUAUUGAUUGCUGCUGUUCGAUCUUGUUAAACCCCCUGCAACUAUCAAUGCCUUUCAGUCUCGUAAUUGGUGCUGUGAUUAUUCACAUUUAAGGCUUUCAGCUCAUUAAUCUCAUGUGUAGGGAAUGUUGAGCUAAUUCCACAGAUGUCUUACCGGAUCUUGGAAAACAGAGUUCAUUU